CAGACAAGCUUUGUGCGAGGCUUUAUAAGGCGACGAAAGCAAGCAAAGCUUGAACGUACGCUGAUCCCAAAGGUCAGAAAUCCGGAGCAGUUUUGUAUGCUGUGUACAACCAGCGUGCACGUGAACUUCAUUAUUCUUGAAUUUUGUUUUCAGGAAUGAUUUGAUAUCUUUUUUUUUUACUCACUUAACUAUCGCUAUCUAAACUUAACAUGGGGGAUGCCCCAUACUUCAAAGGUCAGCAUGAAUAUAAAGGAAUCGUGUACCCUAAUGUCGUCUUGGAUUCCAGUAUCGAACGACUUAAGUCUUUUCAAGUGCGAGACAGUGACAUCUGGAUUUUGACUUUCCCCAGAGCCGGUACACAUUGGAUGAUGGAGAUUAUUGGCCUUAUUCUCAGCGGUGGUGACCCAGACAAAACAGACCGAUCUUUAUACUGCAGUACUGUAGAGAUGAUCAACUUAGAUCAACAUUUCCCUCAAACCAAAGAAGAAGAGAAGCUUCACCCUCUCGACAUGUCCCCGUUCUUGGACGUUAUCGAGAGGGCGCCCUCCCCAAGAGUCAUGCUUACGCAUCUGCAGUUUAAUCUUCUACCACGUGACAUACUCAAAUCCAAGAUCGUCUAUCUGGCCCGUAAUCCGAAGGAUAUGAUAGUUUCGUGGUUCCAAUUCGCUGGGAAGAACCCGGCCAUUCCAUUGACCAUGGAUAGUGCGAUUGAACAGUUCGUCACUGACAAAAUGCAAUGGGGUCCAUGGCCAGUACAUGUUCGUACGUUCUGGGAGCUAAAAGAUCACGAGAAUGUCACUUUUCUUUUCUAUGAGGAUUUGAAGAAGGAGCCAGCAAAAUACAUUGAGAAAAUCGCCAAUGGUAUUGGUCACCCUCUGUCGGUAGAGGUUCUACAAAAAGUGGUAAACUUUAGCCACAUUGACUCACAGAAAGCUACUUUCAAGAAAUUGGAGGACACUGGAAAAGUAAACUAUGUAAAAUCAUCCGGCGCGUAUGCUUUCCUUAAUAAAGGAGUAAGUUUUCGUUGGAAAGAAUUCUUCACUGUGGCGCAGAACGAGGCCUUCGAUGAAUGGUAUCAAAAUAGGAUGGUUGACACCGAUCUCAAGUUUACAUUUGAAUGAUUAAGAACGGACUCUAAUUCAUUAUUAUUAUUAUUAUGGAAUCUGAAUGCAAAUCUGGAAGCUAAUUUUGGAAUGAAUUUCGAUGACAUACUUUCAUUAAAGCCGUUUUCGGUUACAAAUAUUUCGAGAACUUAAACAGAACAUUAUCGGUCAGCCGACCUGAAACCAUUGUUACAAUGGUGACUCGUCAUUUUUUUCAAAACAAGAUGCAGGAAUGAAGGAAAGACAGUCCCAUUCAUUAGUAUGGUCCGCCAAAAGUUUCAAAUGGAAAAACAGUAAAGGAAAUAUAUUAGUAAUGGUCAUCAUUGACUAUCAUCGAGAUCAUAAAAUGGGUCGGACAUACGCCAAUCAAGCUGAAUGAAUGGGGAUCGAUCGCAAUGAUUGACAUCACUUAACAAUUAAAGAUACAUAUCCAACAUAACCAUACAGUUGUAAUCAUCGUUUUUUAGUCAGCAAGUAGUGCUUGAUUUCAUUUUUAAAGAAAAUCCGUACGUAAUCGAUUACAAACUAUUACUGAAUAUCCCUAUUAUACAUGGAUUAAAAAUUAUUCAAUUAACGUUAUUUGCCGUUUCAAAACCAUGCGGAAGAUAUUUGAAUAAACCUUCUAUUUUGUUACAGUAUAAAUAUUCCUACUAAAGAAUGCCUUGAAGGCAUACACAGAGAAGAAAUCGACUGGAUCCUGUUCGAGGUUAUUCCACUCCUAAAUGUUCUUAGGAAGAAGGAAGAGGCAUAGGUCUGAUGGCUGCUGCAAUGUUGUGUCCUUGAUCGAGAUCCGGGGACCGUUUCAUCAACAUGUUUGCCCGACAGGUUGUCAGAUCUGAAAACUUUCCUUGAACCUGAUUGGCUAGAAGGUACUGUUAUCAUGGGAAGUGUCGGAUAAAACGUCCGACAAAUCCUUCAUGAAACGCUGUUGUUGUUGACAGCUCACUGAAGGACUACAAGGUGAUAUCAACUAUAGGUUGAAGCAGAUACGAUACACUGUACGGCAUAUCAAUUAAAGGCGGCUGUGAAGGCGUCUGGUGUGCAAUAAUGGCCACUUCAGGUUUUCAAGCAUGGCUGUUACGCUGGAUGUUCGGUUGAAGUCACAGUUUACGUAGCGUGCACACCUUCGUUGUACCAUUUGGUUGCACCAUUUCAAUCUUGUUGACGUUCCUCUGUGUGUGUGUGUGUGUGUGCGUCCCAUGCUGUUCCAGCAUAUUCCACCACUUGGUGUAUAGUGGUGUGACCAUAUUUCGCGCGUUACCUUAUUUUGCGCACUUUCGCACAUCCAAAAAGUAAUGAAAAUCUGAUGA